CUCGCGCAUGUGGUGUCCCCUCUCACCUCGGAAAUGAUUCACAGCCUCUUCCUGGUCAACGGCUCUGGAGACAUCUUCCUGGAGAAGCACUGGAAGAGCGUGGUGAGCCGCUCGGUCUGCGACUAUUUCUUCGAAGCCCAGGAGAAGGCGGCCGACGUUGAAAAUGUCCCCCCGGUCAUCCAAACCCCCCACCACUACCUCAUCAGCAUCUACAGGGAGAAGAUGUUCUUCGUGUCGGUGAUACAGUCCGAGGUGACCCCGCUCUUCGUCAUAGAGUUCCUGCACCGAGUGGCCGACACCUUCCAGGACUACUUCGGCGAGUGCUCGGAAACCUGUCUGAAAGAUAACGUGGUGGUCGUGUACGAGCUGUUGGAGGAGAUGCUGGACAACGGGUUCCCCCUGGCCACCGAGUCCAACAUCCUUAAGGAACUGAUUAAACCACCGACCGUCCUGAGAUCCGUGGUCAACUCCCUCACAGGGAGCAGCAACAUGGGGGACACCCUGCCCACCGGACAACUCUCCAACAUCCCCUGGAGGAGAGCGGGGGUUAAAUACACCAACAAUGAAGCCUACUUUGAUGUCAUCGAGGAAGUUGAUGCGAUUAUAGAUAAGUCUGGUUCCACGGUGUUUGCGGAAAUACAGGGGGUGGUGGACGCGUGCGUCAAGCUGAGCGGGAUGCCGGACCUCUCUCUCUCCUUCAUGAACCCCCGGCUCCUGGAUGAUGUCAGCUUCCACCCCUGCGUCCGAUACAAGCGAUGGGAGUCGGAGCGGGUCCUGUCUUUUAUACCCCCCGAUGGCAACUUCCGCCUCAUGUCCUACCGCGUCAGCUCGCAGAACUUGGUAGCAAUCCCGGUCUACGUGAAACACAACAUCAGUUUCCAGGAAAACAGCUCGUCGGGCCGGUUCGACGUAACCGUCGGCCCCAAACAGAACAUGGGCAAGACGGUGGAGGGGAUCGUCAUGACUGUACACAUGCCCAGAGCCGUGCUGAACAUGAGCCUCACGCCAACCCAAGGGACGUACACCUUCGAUCCUGUCACAAAGGUGCUGAAUUGGGACAUCGGGAAGAUAAGCGGGCCAAAGCUUCCCAACCUGAAAGGGAUGGUGUCCCUGCAAUCCGGAGCCCCCAAACCCGAGGACAACCCCAGCGUGAACAUCAACUUUAAGAUCCAGCAGUUUGCGAUAUCAGGUCUUAAGGUGAACCGGCUGGACAUGUACGGGGAAAAAUACAAACCGUUCAAGGGUGUGAAGUACAUCACCAAGGCCGGCAAGUUCCAGGUGCGGACAUAACACGCCGCCCGGGGGGGGGGGAUACACAAAACCGAAUGCGGCCUUCAGUCCCAACCACAGAGCCUGGGGCUAUGCUUUCCUGACCCGGCAGGGAAACGGCCUCUACGGAGCUGGUAUGUGGCAGGAACCUUGUAGCGAAUACAGAGUGACCCCUGGAGUCGAGGGAACUGACGUCUUCGUACAUAAAAUAAAUUGCUGUUAUUACACAUGGCUGUAAUACUCACCUGUUCCCACUAGAGGGCAGCACACGCACAGCGACGCUGGGAAGCUGCAGCCGUCCACCCCGCGCCCUCUCAUGUUUAAAGUAUUUCAAUUGUAAUAUUUCUAGGGUUUCAUCCAAAUAUUCCCGUGUCGUUAUUAAAAUAAACCUCCGAUCCGGUUCACUGAACCGCCCCGCUAA